AUGAGCCAAAGACAAGUAUUACAAGUUUUUGAGCAGUAUCAGAAGUCUCGAACACAGUUUGUACAGACUGUGGCUGAGUUGGCUUCCAGACCACAAAAUAUAGAAACGCUUCAAAAUGCUGGGGUUAUGUCCCUUCUGCGUCCAUUGUUGUUGGAUAUCGUACCAACCAUUCAACAAACAGCAGCUCUAGCUCUUGGUAGACUGGCUAAUUAUAAUGAUGAUUUGGCUGAAGCUGUUGUAAAAGGAGAUAUACUACCACAAUUAGUUUAUUCUUUGGCUGAACAAAACAGAUUUUAUAAGAAAGCAGCAGCAUUUGUAUUAAGAGCAGUAGCUAAACAUUCCCCCCAGUUAGCCCAGUCUGUGGUAGAUUGUGGGGCUCUGGAUGCUCUUGUGAUCUGUUUAGAAGAAUUUGACCCAGGAGUGAAAGAAUCAGCAGCUUGGGCUUUAGGUUACAUUGCCAGACACAAUGGAGAAUUAGCACAGGCAGUAGUAGAUGCUGGUGCCGUACCUUUAUUGGUAUUGUGUAUUCAAGAACCAGAACUCUCACUCAAAAGAAUUGCAGCAUCAGCCUUGAGCGACGUCUGCAAACACUCUCCAGAACUUGCCCAGACUGUGGUUGAUGCUGGCGCCAUUGCUCAUUUAGCACAGAUGAUUCUAAAUCCUGAUCCCAAAUUGAAGCGUCAAGUAUUUUCAGCAUUAAGUCAAAUGGCAAAACAUUCAGUUGAUCUAGCUGAAAUGGUGGUGGAAGCUGAAAUCUUCCCUGCUGUUCUCACAUGUUUAAAGGAUCCUGAUGAGUAUGUGAAGAAAAACGUAGCUACUUUAAUCCGAGAAAUAGCAAAACACACACCAGAGUUGGCCCAGCUAAUCGUGAAUGCUGGUGGUGUGGCAGCUGUUGUAGAUUAUGUGGGUGAGUCGAAGGGUAACGUACGUCUGCCUGGUAUUAUGAUGUUGGGCUAUGUUGCUGCCCAUUCUGAAAACUUAGCCAUGGCUGUCAUAGUGUCAAAGGGUGUGGUCCAGUUAGCUAUAGCGCUAUCGGAAGAGCCGGAUGAUCAUAUCCAAGCUGCUAUAGCGUGGGCACUAGGACAGAUUGGACGUCAUACACCAGAACAUGCUAAAGCUGUAGCAGUGGCUAACGUUCUACCCAGAUUAUUACAGUGUUACCUAGAGCAGAUGUUUCGGAAGAUUUACAGACAAAGUAAAAAAGCAUUAAAAAAUAUUCUCCAAAAAUGUGUUCACCUACCAGCGUUAGAACCUUUAUUACACGAUGCACCACCAAAUGUCUUGAAACACGUUGUCGGGCAAUUCAGCAAAGUUUUACCCCAUGAUACAAAAGCCAGGAGGCUCUUUGUCACCAGUGGAGGUUUGAAGAAAAUACAAGAAAUAAAGGCAGAACCAGGAUCAGCAUUGGCCGAAUAUAUCAACACCAUUAAUAACGUCUACCCAGAAGAAAUUGUCAAAUAUUACUCUCCUGGAUAUUCCGAUGCUUUAUUAGACCGGGUCGACCAGUACCAGCCUUCAGCUUAA